UGGGGGGGGGGCGGCGGUCUGUCGCCGGGCCCCCUCCUCUCCUCCUCACUCCUCGCCCUCGGGCGUAGCGGCCAUCGGAGCGCUGCGGGGGGCUGCGCUUGCCUACUCCGCCCCAGGACUGUAGGCGAAAGGUAGUUUAUGCCAGUGUGGCUUCAUUCAUACAGAUGAACCAAGGAUUGGGAUAGCAGUAUAAAAUUAGAAUCAGACAGCUGACUGCUCAGCAGGAUGCCAUCAACUAACAGAGCGGGCAGCCUGAAGGACCCUGAAAUUGCAGAGCUCUUCUUCAAAGAAGAUCCAGAGAAGCUCUUCACAGAUCUCAGAGAAAUUGGCCAUGGAAGCUUUGGAGCAGUGUAUUUUGCACGAGAUGUGCGUACCAAUGAAGUGGUGGCCAUCAAGAAAAUGUCUUAUAGUGGAAAGCAAUCUACUGAGAAAUGGCAGGAUAUUAUUAAGGAAGUCAAGUUUCUACAAAGAAUAAAACAUCCCAACAGUAUAGAAUACAAAGGCUGUUAUUUGCGAGAACACACAGCAUGGCUUGUAAUGGAAUAUUGUUUAGGAUCUGCUUCAGAUUUACUAGAAGUUCACAAAAAGCCAUUACAAGAAGUGGAAAUAGCUGCAAUUACACAUGGUGCUCUCCAGGGAUUAGCUUAUUUACAUUCUCAUACCAUGAUCCACAGAGAUAUCAAAGCAGGAAAUAUCCUUCUGACAGAACCGGGCCAGGUGAAACUUGCUGACUUUGGAUCUGCUUCCAUGGCAUCUCCUGCCAAUUCCUUUGUGGGAACACCAUAUUGGAUGGCUCCAGAAGUAAUUUUAGCCAUGGAUGAAGGACAGUAUGAUGGCAAAGUGGAUGUAUGGUCUCUUGGAAUAACAUGUAUUGAACUAGCGGAAAGGAAGCCUCCUUUAUUUAAUAUGAAUGCAAUGAGUGCCUUAUAUCACAUAGCCCAAAAUGAAUCCCCUACACUACAGUCUAAUGAAUGGUCUGAUUAUUUUCGCAACUUUGUAGAUUCUUGCCUCCAGAAAAUCCCUCAAGAUCGUCCUACAUCAGAGGAACUUUUAAAGCACAUAUUUGUUCUUCGAGAGCGCCCUGAAACAGUGUUAAUAGAUCUCAUUCAGAGGACAAAGGAUGCAGUAAGAGAGCUGGACAAUCUACAGUAUCGAAAGAUGAAGAAACUCCUUUUCCAGGAGGCACAUAAUGGACCAGCAGUAGAAGCACAGGAAGAAGAAGAGGAACAAGAUCAUGGUGUUGGCCGGACAGGAACAGUGAAUAGUGUUGGAAGUAAUCAGUCUAUUCCCAGUAUGUCCAUCAGUGCCAGCAGCCAAAGCAGUAGUGUUAACAGUCUUCCAGAUGCCUCAGAUGACAAGAGUGAGCUAGACAUGAUGGAAGGAGACCACACAGUGAUGUCUAACAGUUCUGUCAUCCAUUUAAAACCUGAGGAAGAAAAUUACAGAGAAGAGGGAGAUCCUAGAACAAGAGCAUCAGAUCCACAAUCUCCACCUCAAGUAUCUCGUCACAAAUCACACUAUCGUAAUCGAGAACACUUUGCUACUAUAAGGACGGCAUCACUGGUUACAAGGCAAAUGCAAGAACAUGAGCAGGACUCUGAGCUUAGAGAACAAAUGUCUGGCUAUAAGCGAAUGAGGCGCCAACAUCAGAAGCAACUGAUGACUCUGGAAAAUAAGCUAAAGGCUGAGAUGGAUGAACACCGCCUCAGAUUAGACAAAGAUCUUGAAACUCAACGUAAUAAUUUUGCUGCAGAAAUGGAGAAACUUAUCAAGAAACAUCAGGCUGCUAUGGAAAAAGAGGCUAAAGUGAUGGCCAAUGAAGAGAAAAAAUUUCAGCAACAUAUUCAGGCCCAACAGAAGAAAGAACUGAAUAGCUUUUUGGAGUCACAGAAAAGAGAAUAUAAACUUCGAAAAGAGCAGCUUAAAGAGGAACUGAACGAAAACCAGAGUACCCCCAAAAAAGAAAAACAGGAAUGGCUUUCAAAGCAGAAGGAGAAUAUACAGCAUUUCCAAGCAGAAGAAGAAGCUAACCUUCUUCGACGUCAAAGACAAUACCUAGAGCUAGAAUGCCGUCGUUUCAAGAGAAGAAUGUUACUUGGACGUCAUAACUUGGAGCAGGACCUUGUCAGGGAGGAGUUAAAUAAACGGCAGACUCAGAAGGACUUGGAGCAUGCCAUGCUCCUUCGACAACAUGAAUCCAUGCAAGAACUGGAGUUCCGCCACCUCAACACAAUUCAGAAAAUGCGCUGUGAGUUGAUCAGAUUGCAGCAUCAAACUGAGCUCACUAACCAGCUGGAAUAUAAUAAACGAAGGGAACGAGAACUAAGGAGAAAGCAUGUCAUGGAAGUUCGACAACAGCCUAAGAGUUUAAAGUCUAAGGAACUACAGAUAAAAAAACAGUUUCAGGACACCUGCAAAAUCCAAACCAGACAGUACAAAGCAUUAAGGAAUCACCUGCUGGAGACUACACCAAAGAGUGAGCACAAAGCUGUUCUGAAACGGCUAAAAGAAGAACAGACCCGGAAGUUAGCCAUCUUGGCUGAACAGUAUGAUCACAGCAUUAAUGAAAUGCUCUCCACACAAGCCCUGCGUUUGGAUGAAGCACAGGAAGCAGAAUGCCAGGUUUUAAAGAUGCAGCUGCAGCAGGAACUGGAGCUGUUGAAUGCAUAUCAGAGCAAAAUCAAGAUGCAAGCUGAGGCACAACAUGAUCGAGAGCUUCGUGAGCUUGAACAGAGGGUCUCCCUCCGCAGGGCCCUCUUAGAACAAAAGAUUGAAGAAGAGAUGUUGGCUUUGCAAAAUGAACGCACAGAACGAAUACGAAGCCUACUGGAGCGCCAAGCGAGAGAAAUUGAAGCUUUUGACUCUGAAAGCAUGAGACUAGGUUUUAGUAACAUGGUUCUUUCUAAUCUCUCCCCUGAGGCAUUCAGCCACAGCUACCCAGGAGCUUCUAGUUGGUCUCACAAUCCUACUGGGGGUCCAGGACCUCACUGGGGUCAUCCCAUGGGUGGCCCACCACAAGCUUGGGGCCAUCCAAUGCAAGGUGGACCCCAGCCAUGGGGUCACCCCUCGGGGCCAAUGCAAGGGGUACCUCGAGGUAGCAGUAUGGGAGUCCGCAAUAGCCCCCAGGCUCUAAGGCGGACAGCUUCUGGGGGACGGACAGAGCAGGGCAUGAGCAGAAGCACGAGUGUCACUUCACAAAUAUCCAAUGGGUCACACAUGUCUUAUACAUAACUUAAUAAUUGAGAGUGGCAAUUCCACUGGAGCUGUCUGCCAAAAGAAACUGCCUACAGACAUCGUCACAGCAGCUUCCUUACUUGGGUACUACAGUGUGGGAGCUAAGUGCAUAUGGUAUAUUUUAUUCAUUUUUGUAAAGCGUUCUGUUUUGUGUUUACUAAUUGGGAUGUCAUAGUAUUUGGCUGCCAGGUUUUUGUUUUUUUUUUUAACUUUUGGGGAAUUUUCAAAAGUAGAAUUGAUAUUAAAAAUAUGUGUAUGUGUAUAUAUAUAUGCAUAUAUACAUACAUAUACAUUUUGUGCAUGUGAUAAAAAGAAAUUGGCAGAUAGGGGGUAUUUUCUGAAUAUUGCAAAAUAAAAUGCAGCAAAGUGGCUGGAGUCAUCACUUUUGGGUGUCUGUAUUCUAAGAAGUUUUUGAAAAAAUCUAAUGCCUUUUGUCAUAUCCAAAAUUCUUAAUGAGCCACUCACAGCAGGCACCAUAUACUGAAAUAAGUUAUUAUUGGAACAUACCUCUGUAUCCUCUGACUAAUGUAUUUUUUUUAAUUAAAUUGGUCUGACUUCUCAGUGUCAUUUGGAGUAAAAAAAAAAAAAAAGAAGAAGAAGAAGAAAUUCAUGAACACUAAACGAUUGCAUUGACUUUUUCCGAAGGUAGAAAACAGCUUAGUUUGUUUUUCUGAAUGAAUCAUAGGUUUGUCGGUGGUUUUUGUCCAUUCAAUUGUGCCUUCUUUGUGUCAUGGUGAGAUGGGGGUGCUUAAGGAGAUCACAAGUUGUGUGGGGAUUACAUAACCUGUGAGCCUUCAAUGGGAAAGACCAGAAGGGCGAGAAGGGCCCUGAUGGGUAUGUCCAGCAACAGAGUGAGGAGAUAGAGUCUAUAUAUCUAAUGUUUUGUUGCUUAUACUGUGAUAUCUCAUCCUAGCUAAGCUUUAUACUCCCAAGACCCCAAAAAGUACUUUUACUUUGUUUGUACAAAGACAUAUAGCCAAUACAAAUCAAAUGCCAGAGGUAUUUGAAUGAUGCCAUAUUUGCAAGAUGCCAUCUAUUGGACUUGUUAUCACACUACAUAGAAAUAAUUUGACUAUCCCCUUUUGGCUUAUGGGAUUUCCUGUUUACAGUAGAAUAGCCAAUUAUUUAAAUAUUUAGUUGCCACAGUGAACCAGGAGUCACUGAGCCAAUGACUUUACCAGCUGCUGAUUAAUCCUCAUCACCACUGUAGAUUUUGCUGCAUGUGCAGGUCUUCUAUUUUUAAUUGCUGUUUUUGUUACUGCAGUACUUUACAAACUUCUAGUUCAUUGAGACUUACAGACCAUUUGGCAUCAUGUUAACAUCACACAAUAGAAAACACUACUUCUGCAUGUCUCAAGCCUCAGUGCUAUAGUACUACUGAAAAGGAACUAGUAAGUUUGGCCAAUCAAAAAAAAAUAAUAAUAAUAAAGUAACUUAUAGUGGUCAAGGAAUCUCUUGACAAAAGCUAACAUUUGGGGGGGGGGCAUGUUUUGUUUUGUUCUGAUGUUUUGUUUUACAAUGAAGGAUGAACCCAAUGCUAAAAGUCAGAUGUUACUUGUUAUUCCAUUGUUUGUAUGGAAAUUGAGUUGGAGGUGGUUGGGGAGCUGUGAAUAUGACUUGAAGGAAAAAAAAAUGUCCUUUUCAGCAAUAGAUGAGAGUUUCUACAAGUUACUGUCCUGCUCCCUUCCCAGUUAGUUGUCUUGAAGAACUUUUGCUGCUAACUCUGGAUCCAGCUUUUCAUGUAGUCAGAGGGUUCCAAGGUAGUACUCUCUUUAGUCCCUCUCAACCAUACUCUUCGCCUAGACCAAACUAAUGACCAAAUAAUAAUCGAUCACUGUUGAAGUAUUGUUUUUCUUAACCAAAUUUCAAGUCUUCCCCAGGUAUGUCUGUCCCCAUGAAUCCUCACCUUCAGGAAUUUCCAACAUUCAUUUGAAGGUAAUCAGAAGAAAAAUUCGUGUUUUAAUAUAAAUCUUUUUAAAACCAAUAGAUUUCCCAAACAAUUUUAGGCAGUGUUUCAAGUAGCACUCAGAUGUAUUAUCCUCUUGGCCAAGUUCCAGAUCACUACUUUUAGAUAAACAUGAAAUGUACUUGUCAUACCUAAUGAAAGGGGCUUUUAUUCUUGUCACAAUCUUUUUGCAUUCAAAUAUUAUAUACAGUAUUUCAAACAAAUUGAGAAGUCUACCUAUUGGAAGAAAAUAAGAGCUUUCAAAUUUAAUAAAAUAUCAAUAAUAUAAUAGAAUUUGAUACGUUAAAAAAUUAUUCAUAAAUCUGGCCCCUCUGUGCUACCGAAAAGGGGUAGAAUAGGGAAGCAGAUUAGUUUUGUAUACAAAACUCCUUAAAGCCCAAAACUAUUGCUGAUACAGUUUAAAAUCUAGUUGUAGACUUAAAUUAGACAAGUCACUGAGUCCAUUCAGAUCAUACAUAUCCAUGAAAGAAUGAUUGAAUACUGACUCCAAAUGUUUAUCCAAUAAGGCUUUGUAUCCAUUUUGUUUGGCAACUGGUUUUACAUGGAGGUCAUGAUUACACCUGGAUUAUUCCAUUAAGUUAAUUGUAAUUAAAAUAUACAUAUAUAAUUUCCAGAAAUGAUUUCAAAUUCAUUAAUUUGUGUGUGUUUGUGAGAUUUAGCAUCUGAGGAAACUAAUACAUAGUAGGAAACAUCAGAGUAAAAGCUUAUAGCAGAAAAUUCUGAAAGCUUUUGACACACCCUAAGAAGGAGCAAGCACUUCUGAAUCAGUGUGCAAAUGUCAACAUUUGAUCAAGUUAACUCUACCUCCUUCCUAGCAGUCACUCAUUACAUAUGUGUUUAAGAAAAUUAAAAGUACGGGAAAUUUCUCUAGCAUAUCAGAAAUCAUAAAUGCUAUAUCUGGUAUCCAGAGCCUGGCAGUAAAAUAUUUCUUAUGUUCACUCACUCUCUUUUUGGUUAGCAUUUUUAAAAUGCAAAGCCUCAUACCUUAUUAUAUAUUUUUCCAAAUUGGGUUCCCUUCCCUUUGCACAUAUUUUUUUCUUCCCCCUAUUAAAGUCAGCUCUAACCCCAAAUUACAAUAUCUAAAAGUAUUUUCAUUAUAUAAAUGUUAGCUGAAAAAUGUGUUUAUUAUUUUUAUUCAGAGCUGCCAUUCUUACUAGUCAUUUUUAUACAUGGAGAUAAAAGAGUUCUGUAUUUGAAGCCAACACCCAUAGUUGUAAGAUACUUAGUACUCUAGGUCAAAGAUUUAUUGGUAAAUCGAACUAUUUUGGCUGCCUAGACAUCAAACACCAUUUAAUACACUAAAGAAACUGUCCUGGAUACUCCCUUCCAUUUCCACCAGUUUUUUUCAUCCCUUUUUCAAAAACUGAAAGCUCUAUGAGUGUCUUUUUCAGACCAUAAGCCAGACUUUAGUGACUUUCUACUUCCCUAAGUACUAAGUGUCUGGUAUUUUAAACUUUUAUAGAAUACAUUGUGUUGGACACUGGAAUAAUACUAUUUAUUUUCACCUGUGAAAAAUCACUUUGUUGUACUUGAAACACCUCCUUUGCAUUUCUCCAUUUGUGCCAUUCACUAGUGGAAAUAAAUUGUAUUAUACCAUUAUCUACUGGCUUUUUAAAACUAUGUUAAAUAUGCACAUUUUUGGUAUAGCUAAUAUCAUUUGUAUGUAUAUAUUGUAUAUACAUAUGAGUGUAUGUGUGUAUAGAUAGAUGGAUGUAACCAUAUUGUACAUUUCCAUCAGGGCACUUAAGGUUCUGGGGUUUUUUGUGUGUUUUUUUUGUUGUUGUUUGUUUGUUUGUUUUGGUUUUGUUAUUUCAGUCCUCAGUUAAGGCAAGAAUGCAUGUGUUUCUUAAGAAUGAGUACUCUGGGUUGAUAUUUAUGAGAAGGUAGUCACUAGAUGCAAUCAUUUCCUUUUUAAUCCCCUCUUAGCACUUGGGUGAGUGGAAAGUUAGGUAAAAUAUGGAAUUUUAAGUUGCAAUGCAGUAAAAUAGUGCCAGAGAGGGAAGCCAGUUAGUGUUUCAGUGAGUUGGUGUUGUGACACAACAAAAGAUAAAGGAUGUAGAGAGUGAACCAUGGAAAGUAAGAACACUGAUCGUGUUUCCUCUGCAGAGAUGAUAAAAAGAAUCAAUAAAUCACACAAUCUUUUUUUUUUUUUUUUGUAGAGACAGAGUCUCACUGUACCGCCCUCGGUAGAGUGCCGUGGCCUCACACGGCUCACAGCAACCUCUAACUCUUGGGCUUACGCGAUUCUCUUGCCUCAGCCUCCCGAGCAGCUGGGACUACAGGCGCCCGCCACAACGCCCGGCUGUUUUUUUGUUGCCGUUUGGCCGGGGCUGGGUUUGAACCCGCCACCCUCGGCAUAUGGGGCCGGCGCCCUACUCACUGAGCUACUGGCGCCGCAAAUCACACAAUCUUUAUAUAGAUUCCAUGUGUAUUUCUUUAGUAGUGAUGCCAUUGAUCCUCCUAACUUUUUUUUACUACGUUAAUACUAAUAACUGUAUUCUGCUGAGGAUCAGAGCAGCCAAGAAAGGAAUUGCUGCCAAAGGAUCUAAGUUUCUCCUAAACUGUAAAAUCAACAGGAAAUGGCCACCUUUUGGUGGGGUAUUUGGUAUUGGUGUGAGGGGCUUUCUCCCUUUAGCUGCCUCUUCUUGCUUGCUAAUAGUAAGUUCUUUGUGCACCUUCCACCCCCCUGAGCCACUACUCUUCAAGCAGAAGUUUGGCCCAAUACAGCAACCCUUUCCUUGAGGUUUAUGUGGUCCUGAAUUUUGUCCCAUGCUCACAAUGUGAAAUGUCUUAUUGUGUAUUCAAGUCAGAAAAUAAUAUAUUUAAGGUGUAUAAAUGUGAAUCUCCUGUAGUGAUGGAAGAUGAGGUUCUCAUUCCUUAUAUAGAAAGCACCUUCUCUAAGAGCAGUGUCAAAACUUGGGCUAUCAUCUUUGAGCUAUUUACCAAAUAGACCAUUAUUAAAGAAAAACAAAUUCUCUUAUUUCAUUUUCCCCCAUUGAACAUGAUAGUACCCCCAACCAGAUUGUAGCAUUGCCUUUUAAAAGGUACUCACUCACUCUUAAUUGUUAAGAACUGGAAAUUUCUCAUCCUCAGAUUCCUUAAAGGAUGAAAAAUAUGCUGUACACUUAGCAGACUUGCCUCUUGUAUGUAAGGACUACUGAUUGAAGUCUGUGUUGCUGUGUCUGGUUAUGUUGUCUGCACUUUUACUACAGUAGGUCUGUGUUGGAAAUGACUUAAUUUGUAAAGAAUCGAGUUUUAUUAAACACUGUCUAGAAAAAGAAAGUGAAGCUGAGAACUCUUAUUGUGGAUUUAUAUUUUCUACUGAAUUCUGGUAGCCCUGUUUAAAGACAUGUUGAUUAAUUUUUUCCUCCUUGUUUAUAGUCACAUUUCCAAAACUUCACUCAUAUAAGGGAAGAGAACCCAUGUGGCUUAAUCGCAGUAUUCAGAUCAUAAGAAAUAACAUGAGUUAGUAUGCACCUUAUCUGCAUGUUUUGGGUUUUUAAACUUGCACUUCCAUCCACCCAAAGGUAGAUUAUCUUUUAAAGAAAAUAAAGGCAGAGAAUUAAAACUGGGGAGCCACUUACUGUAUCACCAUCCCUGUCAGGUAUUUCCAAGCAAUCUAAACUUGUUGAAGUUUUAGACAUUUGUGUGUGUGUGUGUUUGGUUGUAUUGGUUUUUGUUUUUAAAUAUACAAGGGGUUCUUCUUUUAAUAGAGAAAAAGGUUAAUCCUCACUGAAACAUCAGGAUGCCCACUGGAUAUACUCAUCUGAACAUCUAUAGGUAGUUUGUCAUGAAAAAUGGAGAGAAGUUGAGACUUCUGAAUGAAUGAAAAAGGGUAUCUUAAUGCUCAAGAAUUCUCCCCAAAGUACGGGUAAUUCAACCUGCACAGUUUUCUUUCACUCAUAGUUUUUAGCAGUUGUGAGUGAAAAAUCAUGUAAUUAUCUGUAAAUAUGUAGCUAACAAAUUGACCUAGUUUCUGUAUUUUUUUGUUUUUGUACUAAAGUUUAUAGGUCUGUGCCAGCUAGAGAGGAGUUGCUGUCAUUACCAGUUGUGGUCCUAGCCUCUAACCCUGAAACCAUCUUAGGUGAUAUUUUUAGAAUUAAUGCUUAAAUGUUGUUAAACAGGAGAAAAUGAAGCUUAAUCAUUGGUCAAGUUUGAAAUCUUUUUAAGUGAAAUUUUAAUAUAAAUGAUCACACAUCCUCAAUCAUGAAUGAGGUAGGGAGCCCCCCUCCCCCAGUGGCCAUGUUUACAGAAUUGUAUUUUGUCUAUAAAGUGCAAGUGUUUUAAUGUUUAUGUAAAUUAUGCAGGUGAUAACAUUAUGGUUUGGAACUAUUUAUUGGGCUCUUUAACUGAAUUUUCAAAUAAAAUGAACUUGUGCUAUUGCAGGCAUAUUAAUCCAUUUCUGGAACAUUUCUCCUAUUUCUCGAAUUCCAUAUGUUCCUUUGUUAUUACCCCCACUUAACCUCCCUUUCUCUGAUAUGCCUUGUAGCCAAAGUAUUGAAGACUGGUGAACAUAGAUGAGGGAAAUAUAUUUCUUAGAAAUCCAUGAACCCUCAAUUGUAUGCUUUCAGUACUUGUGUUACAUGUUUCUAUGGCAACGCUGAGGUCAGUGGUUUAGAAAUGAGAUACCCUUGUUAAUGAAAAUGUGCACUCUUUGCUUUUGCAUGGCUUGGCUUAGUGUCCAAGGUAUAUUAGGGCCACAUAAGAGCAUGAAGACCAGUUAUAUGGGAACAGGUUUCUUUCAGUGGCACAUUUUCUUUUUUCCUAAGCCCCAAAUACAUUACCUAGGCAUGAACAUUAUCGUUAGUAUAAGUUGCACAUGGUUAUGAAGUGAAUUAUGUGAUUCAAAAGGAUAUAACUGCCUAACAUUUACAGAUUCUGGCUGGUCUUUGUGACCAUUUGGCACAUAUCUAAAAACCUGGGAGAUUAUUAGAACCCUUCUAACCCUUUUUCUUUUUCUUUUUGUGGUCAUUGACAAGUAUAUGUAUAAUUUAUCAAGAUGUUGGCUGCUCCUGGUGUAUUGCCAGACAGCUGUCUUUUGGUGUCAAUUCCAAAUGUGGUGAUGUCCUUUCUUGCAUUUCAUACUAUCAAAAAACCACUACCGCUUCAUCCUAAUAGCAUUUUAUACCUUUCAUUAUACGUUAAAUGGGAACUGUGCCUACUUAAGAGUGCCCCCUCCAAUUAAUUACACGUGUCCCCAAAAUCCAAGCCAGACAGACAAGGGAAAACCUUCCUUAAAAGUCCACUUAAGGCCAGUAAUUUAUCUAAAAAGGUGUUUUAUCAUUACCUUGGCAUUCAUUAUAUGAACCUGUUACGAGUUGCGAGUGGUUUCAUAGGGUAAAAUGCAAGUGAAGGGAGGGAUGUUCGGGGUUCCUGUUAGGAGAUAAUCUUAUUGUACCUUUCCUUUUAAGGUCCAUCUUUGCUAGAACAGAAAAAUCUCCAAAUUUGUGGGGGUUUUUUUAAUAGGGAAAUUUUUUACAAAAUUUCUGAUGUUUCUGGUGUUCUGAUGUAAAUAACACUUACAAUGCAUAUAAUGUCCCCAGACUGUUCCAACCUGAUAAUUUGUAAAUGCUUUAGAGUUUUUUAAAUUAACACUUGUGUUGCUAAAUCCUAUUUAUGUAAGUCUGCUAAAGUUUUUAACCCAACUUAAAACUUCAGACAAACAUUUAAAUAAUGGAUGGGUUACUAUGAGCAAUUUAGCUUUCAGAACCCCCUUGUUUUAGUAUAUGAAAAGGUCUAAUGCGCAUUAAUGAGGUUGGAGGGACUAUGAGAAAUAUGUAUAGUGUAUAUUUUAAAACAGCUUUGCUUGUAUUGUGAAGAUUUAAAAACAAACUUGAGAUUUUUAACGUAACUAUUAACACAGUUUUAACAUAAGUUAUCCCACUGGGUUUAAGAGCAUCUUGAAUGUAUAAUCCUUUUUGUAACCCAGGUUGGUUUCUGCUUUUACCAGUCACCCAAACAUUAUUUAUGUUUUUAGUUUUAUGUACUCAUUUCUCUUUGUUUUCCUCAAACAGCAUGAUUUUUUUUGCACAUGUAGAAAUUUUUUAAAAGGAAGAAAUUAAUACAUCAUUUUCUCUGGAUUUUCUUCGCUCUUCUCUUUCUUUCUACUAACCCCUUCCUUAAAGGCCAUAUCACUCCAUUUGCAUUAUUUGUGCAAAUGCCAGGGGUUGGUUUUUAUUUUUAUUUUUGCUAUUUAACUAAAAAAAGAAAAUGCUUCAGUCAAUUGCUUUUUUAUUUAAAAAAAAAAAAAGAAAAGAAAAAAAGCUGUAACCUUAUCAUUUCCGAGUAGACCAUUGGAGAUGAAUGCACACCUGUAAUGGCCAAGGACCAGCUUUGGUGGCUAAAGGGAAUAUUUUAACUAAGCAAGAGGUUCUUUUCUGAAAGUGGUAUAUAUUAUCUACAGUCUAUUUCAGUUAUUCCCACAAGUCAGGGGUCCAGAUAAAAUGAGGGUUAUCAGCUAACUGAUACGUUAUCAUUGAGGUUCAUCAAUGAAUUUGUACAUUUCUAGUUCCCUUUGGUGAAGGGGAAAAUGAUGAUUUUGCAAGACCUAGAUUUUGGCUUGGUUUCUUGCCUCCUUUUUUGGCAGCCUCCAUCUUCUCAUCUCCCAAAGCCCUGGAGCCUGUAGGGUUUUCAUAGUGAACAAAAGACUUGUGGUCAUUUUAACAGUGGAACUGAUUUUUGGAUGAGAGAGUAUUAUGUUGAAAGUGUGGUGUUCUACCACUUUUCCAAUGACUAAUUUUAAAUAUACACUGUCCUCUCAAUUUUUGGACCAAACAGAUGCCCACAGUGGAGGCUUAAGAGUUGCAAUGGGAAAGAAGCCUCUCCCUCACUGUCAGCACCAGCUGGUAAAGGUGACUGUACAGAUGUGCAUUUUCCUUUUGGUAGAAAUGGUCCACAGCACUAACUGGUAAGGCUUAUUGUACAGUAUAUUGUCAGUAUUCUUCUGGUUCAGCAUACCUUAUAGUUCAUAUAUAACCUGUAUUAAUUGUAUAGAUUGUGCAUUUACAGCUGUUACCAAGUUGUCAGAACAUAAGAGCGAAAACAAGGUCAUAUGUAAUAUUUUGUUUGUAAGUAUCCUUUGUAUCAUAGCAAAGGAAAUGUUUAAAGAAAAUCAACUGUAAUAAAGUAAUUUUAGUACACAGA